AUGGACGUCUCGGCGCUUCUCAACCCCUCGUGCGACGAGCAACACAGCUAUCGUGGUCGAAAUCCCUCACCACAUGCAGCUGUGCCAUACUCAGAGCCACAGACUGCUCUCCCGAAGCGACAAAAGAUAGCCAAGGAUGCUCCAAUCUUUUCUGAAGGCAACCAUACCAUUGGCUAUGUCAACUAUCCUCCGGAUGAAGGUGAUGGAGAUCAAGAUCUGCGCGCCGAGCAUGAGCGAUUCCAAGUCUUUCCUCUCGGUGAAAUACGCAGGAAAGGUGUCCGACACAUCCCAUACAACAGUGACAAGAAAGACUUUCUCGACAAGACGGGCCGUGAUGCAUUCGAGAUGUUUCAGUACACCUUCAAGAUACCUGGUGAAGAGAAGGAGUACGUGGUAGUCUGGGAUUACAACGUUGGCUUAGUUCGCAUGACGCCCUUCUUCAAGUCGUGCAAGUACACAAAGGUUAGCAUCGCCUUCACAGACACUAAGACAUCGCUGACAGUCAUAGACCGUGCCAGCCAAGGCUAUGAACCAAAACCCUGGGCUGAAGGAUGUCAGCUACAGCAUCACAGGUGGUGCGCUGGUGUGUCAAGGUCAGUCAAGACUUGGUUUACGCUGAACGAGUAG